CCGAUCGAAAGCUCACUCCAGCAGUUGUAGCGCCGACUCGGCAUGAAGUUGAGUAGUUAAAAGCACACUGUAUAAAAUAGUCGCACAUUUCUAUUUAAUAACGUAGAUUAAAAUAUAUAUUAUAAUAAUAAUAAUUUAAUUAUACGUAAUCCCAGCACUUACUAUUAAUUGUAACUCCAAAAAAAAUAAGUAAAUAAAAAAAGAAAAAAAAAAAGAAAAAAAUCGUAAAAUAAAAAAAAAAAUUUUUUUAAAAUAUAGUAACAAAAAUGUCACGACAACAAGCCGAAUGGAAAAAAAUCGUAUUCGUAUAUAUUUUACAAUUAUUUUCAUAUGCAACACCAGAAGUACGGCUUAUUGCCCCGAAUUACGUCAAGUACAACAGUACAGCGACAUUGACAUGUAAUCAUACUGUCACACCAGAUGACCUUCAUAAGGUUGAAUUUUUAAAAGAUAAUAAAAAAAUAUUGGAAUAUAUAAGAGAUCGUAAAGAUCAUCCAUUUAGAGAAUCGCCGCCUCCCGGUUUAGAAUUUGAGCAUACGCUCGAUGGCAAGACAAUCAAAUUAAAGGAUGUACACUUUGAUGCCUCUGGCUCAUAUUCCUGCUUGGUAAGCUCUACUUAUCCAAUUUAUACUGAAAGCUCGGACGAAGUAAAGCUACAAGUUAUAGUACCUCAGUCGGAUAAUCCGCACAUAACUUUCAAGAAGGCUGUUUACACAGUAGGAGAAGUCCUCGAGGCAAAUUGUACCUCAGCUCCUGCGAAUCCAGUUCCUCAUUUGACAUGGCUCAUCAAUGGAUUAGAAGUUAUUGAAACACGUGUUACAACUUUUCCAUACCGUCAACAUAAAAAACAUUUAAUGUCAGCAAGAUCACAAUUGUCUAUUCAAGUUUCGGAUUUACACGCCGGCAAAAAUGGACGUCUAGAAAUAAGUUGUCAAGCAACAAUACCCAACUAUUUAAUUCAUCAGAAAGAUUACGCUGACAUUAGAACAAAGACUGUAACAGUGGAAAUAACUCCUGGUCCCUCUCCAACACCUUCGUUGGCUGUUCUUCCACGUGGACUCACACCGAUCGUUAUUUUAUGCGUAUUGUGUGUGUUACACAAAAUCUAUAUUUAAUUAUAAUUAUACUUAAAUUAUAAAUAAAAUGUCAAUUGCUAAAUAAAAAGAGUAUACUAUAUUAAAUAAAUUGAAAAAACAA